AUGGAAGAAGAAACUGGUUUUUAUGUUGGUUAUGAUUUCCACCCUUGUUAUGAAAUUAACAACGUCUCUAAGAUAAUGAGAAGGACUUCUUCUACAAUAUGUACUUUGCUCUACAUUUUCCUUGGCUUACUGUCUGCUAUUACAGUGUGUGGAAACCUUCUUGUAAUAAUCUCCAUCAUUUACUUUAAGCAGCUCCACACCCCGUCUAACUACCUUGUCGUCUCUCUGGCUGUGACCGAUCUACUUGUUGGUAUCGUAGUCUUUCCUCUGAGCAUGUCUUUCUCUCUCAGCUACUGUCUGUAUUACAGAGACUUAUUCUGCAAAAUACGAGACAGCGUCGAUGUCAUACUGAGCACGACCUCUAUUUUUAAUUUGUGCUGUAUUUCUGUGGACCGGUACUAUGCAGUGUGUCAGCCUCUGACAUACAAAUCUAAGAUAAACACUGGUAUUGUUCUGGUUAUGAUCCUCAUGAGCUGGGGCGUUGCCGUACUUCUUGCGAUCGGUUUUAUUGUUUCAGAAGUAAAUCAGGAAAAAUGCCAAGAAAAUUGCUUCUAUGAUGUUGUGCUUGAAAAGGUUUUAGCCCCAGUUUUCUCGUUCUAUCUCCCAGUGACCAUAAUGCUGUGUAUAUACCUGAAGAUAUUUCUUGUUGCACAAAGACAGGCUCGCAGCAUCCAGAAUGCAGUAAAGCCUGGUGCAACUGUGAUCAACAUGGAAAGAAAGGCAACCAAAACUCUGGCCAUUGUUCUAGGAGUUUUUCUGAUGUGCUGGCUGCCUUUCUUUCUCUGUUUUUCCCUCCAGUUAUUAGGUGGUGUGUCAGUGAUGGUGUAUGAAACCCUUAACUGGCUCACGCUCUCCAACUCAAUGCUCAAUCCAUUCAUCUAUGCGUUCUUUUACAGCUGGUUCAGGUCAGCUUUCAGAAUCAUAAUGUCAGGAAAAAUAUUUCAGGGGGAUUUAACAGACACCAAGCUCAUUUGA